GCGGGGGGCGGCGCGCUCGGGGCGGACGCCGGAGGGUCCCGCCAUGGAUCGCUACGGCGCUGCCUUCGAGGAGGCGGCGGACGGGACCCGGCAGCAGGAGCGGCACUACCAGCUGCUGUCGGCGCUGCAGAGCCUGGUGAAGGAGCUGCCCAGCUCCUUCCAGCAGCGCCUGUCCUACACCACGCUCAGCGACCUGGCCCUGGCGCUCCUCGACGGCACCGUGUUCGAGAUCGUGCAGGGGCUGCUGGAGAUCCAGCACCUCACCGAGAAGAGCCUGUACAACCAGCGCCUGCGGCUGCAGAACGAGCACCGAGUGCUCAGGCAGGCGCUGCGGCAGAAGCACCAGGAAGCCCAGCAGACCUGCCGGCCCCACAACAUGCCUGUGCUGCAGGCGGCGCAGCAGCGAGAGCUGGAGGCAGUGGAGCACAGGAUCCGUGAGGAACAACGGGCCAUGGACCAGAAGAUUGUCCUGGAGCUGGACCGGAAGGUGGCAGACCAGCAGAGCACACUGGAGAAGGCUGGGGUGGCUGGCUUCUAUGUGACCACCAAUCCACAGGAACUGACGCUGCAGAUGAACCUGUUGGAGCUCAUCCGGAAGCUGCAGCAGAGGGGCUGCCAGGCGGGGAAGGCCGCCCUGUAGUGUAUGGGCCUCUCUAGCACCUGCCUCCCGUAUGGCGGGAGCACAGGCUUGCGGCAGACACAGCACGGAGCAAGUCUUCAUGUAUCUGGCCGCCAGCUCCCAGCUGCCUGCAGGAGGGCUCCCGUCAUCCCCCCACCCCAGGAGAAACCAUGUGGAUUGGGGCUGUGCCUGCCACACACCCACCUUCGUCUGGGUUUCUGUGAACAAGUGCACGGACAGUUUAGUGAAGGGGAGACCAGCCCCAGCUGCCUCAGACCGGGUGCUGAAGGUUCUAGCACAUUCUCACUCCUCCAGCACAUCUCGACCUCAGCCAGGCUUAGGCCCUGCCUUGGCAGGGGGAGAAUUUCGCGGGUCCACGCCCUACAUACCGGGAGAAUAAAGAUGC